AUGAGAAGUUUUCUGUACAGAGAACAAGUACGUCACAGACCGGAGAUACCACAGACUAUUGUCCGUCUUGAAGUAGCAUUGAUGAAUUAUCAGCCCGCCGAACACAUUUAUAAAGGCACAGUACUAUCGGAUAAUGGCUAUAGAGCAGUGCUAUUUACAACUGAUACCCUAUUAAACGCGCUAGCAACAUCCACAGAAAUAUUCAUGGACGGUACAUUUUCGGUCGUUCCCAGAGUGCCAUCCUUCGCGCAAUUAUAUACCAUUCAUAUUCGAUAUAUGGACACGGGUAUACCGGUCCUUUUUAUAUUGUGUCAGAAGCGCACCGUCGAUGUGUAUAAUGCGAUUUGGCGAAGGGUAAAGGAACUGCGUCCGGAUGCACUGCAAGGAGUGCAGUCAGUUAUGAGUGAUUACGAACGUGCGGCAAUGACAGUUGCAAGAGAGACUUUUCCAGAAGCACGUAUAACUGGUUGUUGGUUUCAUUUUAAUCAGGCCGUAUUAAGACGUUGGAAAGCAUUGGGUCUAAUGGUAGCCCCUAGAAAGGUUCUUGGUUUUACCAUGGCCUUGCCAUUGGCACCGGUCAAUGCAUUUGAGGAAGGAUUGCGAAUAAUACAAGAAGAGGCUGAUCUGAUAUCGACAGAGUAUCCUGCUGUAUUGCAGUUUACUGUUUAUUUAAGGCGUGUUUGGCUUCCGUUGAAAGAAAAAGUUUCCGUUUUUGGUACGCCUAUACGGACAAACAACUUCGUGGAAAGUUUCCAUUACGUACUUUUUCAUAGAUUUGGUGGAAUACAUCCUAAUAUUUGGCAUUUUGUUCAUGAUUUAGGCGAAUUGCUUCUCGAUCAAGAGAUAAAUAUUGGGAGAUUAGCGGAGGGACGUAGCGUAAAGAGAGUACGCGUCCGACAUAAUGUACGGCGCGACAAGCGUAUUGCGGAAGCACAAGCCUCUUUGAGCUCAGGAAGGCUUUUGCUGAGAGAAUUUCUGCAAACACUUAGCAACGUAUCGCAAAUGCCCGAGGAGAGCUUUGAUUUGCAAGCUCCAGACAGUCUAGACGACACCCUAGGAUAUCAAGAAACAAUAGACAGCAAUCUGUUAGACACGCAUACAG